AUGAACCAAACCUGCCAAUAUUGUGGCGCUCUUUUUUGGUAUGCUGAAAGAGUUGCCAGAUCUAGAAAAGAUGGUGAACCGAAAUUCUCUGUUUGCUGCCUUAAGGGGAAGAUUUCUGUACCUCAUUUCCAAAGACCUCCUGAAUUGCUACAGAAUUUAUUUUCAGGUGUCGACGCACGUAGUCGUCACUUCCUUGAUCAUUUGCGAACAUACAAUAGUAUGUUUGCGUUUACAUCACUGGGUGGGAAAGUUGAUGGUAAUCUAAAUGACGGCGGCGGUCCACCACAAUUUGUUAUCAGUGGCCAAAACUAUCACCGCAUAGGUAGUUUGAUUCCUAAAGAAGGUGACACACCUAAAUUCGCUCAGUUAUAUAUAUAUGAUACGAAGAAUGAAGUCGUGAAUAGAAUAUCUCACUUCGGUGAAAAUGCUGGUACAUCUAAAAUUGACCAGACUUUAGUGAUUGACCUGAUAAAGAUGGUUGAUGAGUCUAAUAAACUAGCUAAGUCAUUUAGAAGAGUUCGAGACCUAAUUGAAGAAGGUGGUGGUGAAGAUGUCUCACUGCGGCUAUUUAGAAAUCGUCGGCAAAAUAUAAACACAUAUAACCUCCCAAGUGUGGAUGAGGUUGCUGCUUUGAUUGUUGGAGACUUUGAUAGUUCAGACUGUGGUCGUGAUAUUAUCAUACGCACAAAAAGUGGCUUCCUGCAGCGAAUUCCUGAAUAUCACGCGGCCUUUCUACCGUUGCAGUACCCUAUGAUAUUUCCAUAUGGGACAAAUGGUUAUGCCGAUGGCAUUAAAUUCUCUAGAAACCCGGAUAAUGUUCGUGGUUGGAAACGUAAACGUAUAAGUCUAAGAGAAUGGGUUGCUUUUAGGCUGCAAGAGAGGCAAGGCGAGUUUAAUGGAUUGUUGUUGAGCAGAAGAUUAUUUCAACAAUUUGUAGUUGAUUGUUAUUCUAUGAUUGAAUCAGCUAGAUUGCUAUUUGUUCGUAGAAAUCAGCACAUUAUUCGUAGAGAAAUCUUAUCUGGUAUACAAGAGGCUGUUGACCGGGGAGACACAAGUUCUUCAAUGGUUGGUUCUAGGAUUGUCCUACCUUCUUCAUUCACAGGUGGUAGGCGUUACAUGUUCAAUAAUUGUCAGGAUGCAAUGGCUAUUUGCAGAAGCUUUGGAUACCCAGAUCUGUUUGUCACAAUGACGUGUAAUCCAAAUUGGCCAGAGAUUGAUCGUCACACGACUAUACAUGGGUUAGUAGCGUAUGAUCGACCAGAUGUUUCAUGCAGAGUUUUUCGAGCUAAGCUAAAUCAGCUUAUGAGUGAUUUUAAGAAGGGAGAAUUUUUUGGAAAAGUUAUUGCAGCCAUGUACACUAUUGAGUUCCAAAAGAGGGGUCUUCCACACGCUCACAUUCUCUUAUGGCUCGACGCAAGUAGUAAACUCAAAUCACCUGAUAUGAUUGAUGCUGUAAUAUGUGCUGAGCUUCCAGAUCCUGAGAGUGAUCCUAUGCUUUUUCAAGCUGUUUCAAACUAUAUGGUUCAUGGUCCGUGUGGAUUAAGUAACACGAAAUCUCCAUGCAUGAAGGAUGGUCAAUGUUCCAAAUUCUUCCCCAAAGAAUUCACAGAUCAUACAUCAUUUGACAGUGAUGGAUAUCCUAUUUAUAGAAGGAGAAAUACUGGCAUCACAACAACCAGAAGAGAUGUGCCAUUGCAUAAUGGGUUUGUUGUUCCUUAUAAUCCGAAGUUGUUGUUGAAAUAUCAAGCGCAUAUCAACAUUGAAUAUUGCAACAAGUCUAAUUCGAUCAAGUAUUUGUUUAAGUACAUUAACAAGGGUGUCGAUCGGGUUACAAUGUCUAUGUCUGUUGGUGAAAAUGUCAAUGAGGUUGACGAGAUCAAACAAUAUUAUGAUUGUAGAUAUAUUUCACCAUGUGAAGCUGUGUGGAGAAUAUUCAAGUUCAAGAUCCACCAUAAAUGGCCACCAGUGAAGAGAUUGCGGUUUCACUUACCCAACAAACAGGUUGUUAUUUUUAGAAAUGAUGUUGCAGUGGAUGGUGUGCUAAAUCGUUCAAGAAAGAAAAUCACAAUGUUCAUGGCAUGGAUGAGGGCAAAUGCCAAAUAUGACAUUGCUAAGGAUUUAACUUAUGCUGACUUCCCUUCCAAGUUUGUGUAUGAUCGUGCUAAGUGCGAGUGGAGACCUCGGAAGCGAGGUUUCUCCAUUGGAAGAAUGAACUUCAUGCCUCCUGGAACCGGCGAGCUAUUCUAUAUGAGGCUAUUACUGAAUGUGCAACGUGGGUGUAGCAGCUUUGAAGAGUUGAGGACUGUGGAAAACCACACUCAUGAUACAUUUCAGGAAGCCUGUGAUGCGUUGGGUUUAUUGACUGACGAUCGACAAUUUAUUGAUGCUAUACAAGAGGCAUCUGAGCUAGGUUCCGGUUUUUAUCUUAGAGCAUUGUUUGUCAGAUUAUUGUUAUCCAAUACAAUGGCAAAUCCCUUGAAUGUGUGGGAGAAAUCAUUUAUUCAUCUAGCUGAUGGAAUAGUCCACCAGAGACGAAAACAACUGAAGAACCCAGGGCUUACAAUUGACGAGGAAAGUUUACGGAAACUUUGUUUGCUAGAGAUUGAAAAGAUUUUGUUGGUGAAUGGAAGAUCUUUGAAAGACUUCACCGGCAUGCCCUAUGCUGAUUCGAACUUACUUGCUGAGUAUGGCAAUUUGCUAAUGUUUAAUGAAAUGAACUAUGAUACUAAUGAGAUGAGUCUUUUGCACACAGAAUGUAUGCAGAAGUUGAACGCAGGCCAGAUGAAUUUGUUUUGUGAGAUAAUGGCAGCUGUUAGUAGUGAUAAAGGGGGUUUCUUCUUUGUUUAUGGGUAUGGAGGUACUGGGAAGACAUUUCUUUGGAAAACUUUAACAUACAAACUUCGAGCUGAGAAAAAAAUAGUCUUGAAUGUUGCAUCUAGCGGUAUAGCAUCGUUGUUAUUACCAGGAGGUAGAACUGCCCACUCAUUAUUUUCCAUCCCUUUGAAUUUGGAUGAGGACUCAUGUUGUUCUAUAUCACAACGAAGCCCUAAAGCAGAAUUACUUCAAGCCGCAAGCUUAAUCAUUUGGGAUGAGGCCCCAAUGGUUAACAAAUAUGCAUUCGAGGCACUUGACAGAACAUUACGAGAUAUUAUGAAGGUGAAGGUAAAGGAUAGUAUGGAUAAACCAUUUGGUGGAAAAAAUGUUGUAUUGGGUGGAGACUUUAGACAAAUAUUGCCUGUUAUAUCAAAGGGUAGCAGGGCAGAUAUUGUUAUGGCCACCAUUAAUUCAUCCCGUUUGUGGAGACAUUGCAAGGUUCUUACAUUAUCUGAAAAUAUGCGGUUGCUAUCUAACUCAUCCGCUGAAGAGAUUGAAGAAGUACGUGCAUUUGCUAAAUGGGUACUUGACCUUGGUGAUGGUAAAUUAGGUAUUUCGAAUGAUGGUGAAAGUGAAAUCUGUAUACCAGAUGAUUUGUUGAUUCAAGGUUCUUCAGAUCCAAUUUCUGAUAUUGUUAAUUUCACCUACAGCAACAUCUGUCAAGAAGUUGUAGGUGUGGAUUAUUUCAAAGACAAGGCAAUUCUUGCCCCCACAUUGGAUGCAGUUGCGUCUAUUAAUCAGCAUGUGCUAUCUCUUAUUCACGGUGAAGAAACAACGUAUUCAAGUUCUGACACCAUUUGGAAGGUAGACGAACAAGUUGGAAUUAUGGCUGAUUGGAUAACAACAGAAUUUCUGAAUGAUAUCAAGUGCUCUGGUGUACCUGAUCAUAAAUUGGUGCUAAAAAAGGGUGCUCCAAUCAUGUUGAUGCGUAACCUUGACAUAUCAUCAGGAUUGUGUAAUGGCACUAGAUUAAUUGUGGAGCAUUUAUGCCCAAAUGUCAUUGGUGCUACUAUUAUUACUGGUACGCACACUGGCAAAAAGACUUUUAUUUCUAGAAUGGAUUUGAUACCUUCAGACCCCAAUCUUCCAAUCAAGUUCAUGCGUCGUCAGUUCCCAGUGUGCCUAUCAUUUGCCAUGACCAUAAACAAGAGUCAGGGGCAGAGCUUAUCUCAUGUAGGUGUGUAUCUACCGAAGCCUGUUUUCUCUCAUGGUCAACUCUAUGUUGCUGUUUCAAGGGUGAAGUCAAGAUCUGGGUUAAAAAUUCUCAUUUGUGAUGAUGACAUUAGCAAACGUCAUGUCACGAAGAAUAUUGUGUACAAAGAGUGGAGAACUUGGAAUUGGGUUCGGAUUAAGCUCAAAGGGUUUUCUGAAAUCGAUAUUUCAGUGGUCUACACAGCCUUUAAUUUUUAUCCUGUCGGUGUAAUUUAUCAAGUUGUAGAGUUGCCUCAAGCUUGCGUGCUGGUGUUGUAUGUUUGGAUAGAUUUUGCGAAGUUUCCUAGGCGGUUUGUCAAGAAUAACCCUAUUAUCAUGCCAUACCAGAAUGCUCUCCUCACUGAUCCGGCGAACAACAUAUUCUCUGUGAGUCUUAAGACAGUGAACGGAGACAAAGGAAUAGAAAGUUUUCAAGAAAUCUAUCAAGCGCACCACAUUAAUGGAACUGUUAGGGUGCAUUACACCUACAUUAGAGGGAGCCAGUUCUAUAUCCGGAUAUUUCAUGAUGAAUACACUGAGGUAGCUUACAUAGAGCAGGAGGAUUCUGAUGAUGAUUACAUAGUCAUGGAGCAGGAGGAUUCUGAUGAUGAGGAGGAGCUUGCUUGGUUGAGUGAUAUCACUGAGGCAAAGUCAUACGGAAGACAAUCUUUGCAUGUCCCUGCUAAUGUCGCAAUUGAGCUGAUUCCACACAAACCUCCAUCACUGAACAUCAUAUUACCCAAUGGCAAUUCGGUUGAAUGGAUCCUGAAAUGGGCAGAUGGUAGGACCAAUCAAGUUGACUUUGGUCAUGGCUGGUAUGAGUUUGGUAGGGAGGAACACAUUCGUGCUAGGGACCAACUGCGGUUCUACAAGACGCAUCAACCAGACACCUACCGGCUUGAAGUUCGACGUUACUAG